GGGACCUCCUUCCAGCACCCCUUCCUAGUGAGCGCCGAGAUCUCCGACUACAUCAGUGGCGGUGGUUUCAGCAAUGUUUUCCCCAUGCCCAAAUUCCAGGUGGCCGCUGUGAAGCGCUUCCUCAGCACGGCUACUCAUCUGCCCCCCUCCAGCUACUACAACAGCACCGGGAGGGCCUACCCAGACCUGGCCGCCUUGUCCGACAACUACUGGGUGGUGUCCAACCGGAUCCCGCUGCCCUGGGUCUCCGGCACCUCCGCCUCAACGCCGGUGGUGGCUGGAGUCUUUGCGCUGAUCAAUGACCGCCGCCUGCAGCGUGGGUUGCCCCCACUGGGCUUCCUCAAUCCAGUCCUCUACCGGCUCCAGGAUCAGGGCCAUGGCACUGCCCUCUAUGAUGUCACCACCGGGUGCCACCUCUCCUGCUUGGACGCCACUGUGGAGGGCCAGGGAUUCUGCGCCACUCCGUCCUGGGACCCUGUCACUGGCUGGGGGACCCCCAACUUCCCGGAGCUCCUGCGUGCCCUGCUGGGCUAGUGGCCCCAGUGGGUAUGGGUGGGGGGUAUGCAUUAGAAUGAAUGCCCCUUCCCCAGACACGUUUUUGUGGCAGGAAAUGGUGUCCUGUGCCACUCCUAUGCCCAUAGACCCUGGUGCUGGGGAGAGGGCAUUGGAAGGAGCCUGCUUGUGGAAUUGGUGGAUUAGGGGCUAAUUUGGGGGGGGCAAGGGCUGCCCUGUGGUGGCCAUGCUUUUCUUCCAUUUGUCCAGCCAAGGAGGGGAAGGACUGGCCAGUGUGGGGCCCCUGGCCCAUGGCCUUCCCCUCCUUGCCCAGGUAGGAGGAAGAUGGAUGGGUGGCAUGAGGCAGGCCUCUAUUGGUGUGGGUAUGGGGCAUGUCCUACCAGAGAGGAGAGUCCCAAUGCCAGCCCUGAGCAGAAGACCUCUGCAGUACCCAGCCAAAGGAGAAGGACUCUGGCCCAGUGUGGCACCUAUUCUCCCAGGGCAAUGCUUGUGGGGCAGGAAGCCAUCUGUCCAAGGCAAUAAACCCAUGGAGCUGCUGA